GCCGGAGCUGGGCGAGGGCCGGCUUGGCAGAUAUGAAGGUUAUCACUUGUGAAAUAGCAUGGCAUAAUAAGGAGCCUGUUUACAGCUUAGAUUUCCAACAUGGAGCUGAUGGGAAGAUCAAUCGAUUGGCCUCAGCAGGUGUGGACACAGCUGUUCGUAUAUGGAAAGUGGAAAAAGGACCAGAUGGAAAAGCAAUUGUGGAAUUCUUGUCCAACCUCGCCCGCCAUACUAAAGCAGUAAAUGUUGUGCGCUUCUCUCCAAGUGGUGAGAUCCUAGCAUCUGGAGGAGAUGAUGCUGUUAUUUUAUUGUGGAAGCUGAAUGAUAGCAAAGAAUCAGAACCAUUAGUUUUUCAGGAUGAAGAUGAAGAUCAGCUCAACAAGGAGAACUGGACAGUUGUUAGGAGUUUAAGAGGCCACUUAGAAGAUGUCUAUGAUAUUUGUUGGACCUCAGAUGGAAAUUUCAUGGCAUCUUGUUCAGUAGAUAACACAGCUAUCAUGUGGGAUGUCAAUAAAGGACAGAAGGUUUCAAUAUUAAAUGAACACAAGAGUUAUGUCCAAGGAAUAACCUGGGAUCCUCUAGGCCAGUACAUUGCAACUCUGAGUUGUGAUAGGGUCCUGCGGGUAUACAACACACAAACCAAGCGUGUAGCAUUCAAUGUUACCAAGAUGCCAUCUGGAUCAGGAGCUGAAGGAGAGGCCAGGAGCUAUCGGAUGUUUCAUGAUGACAGCAUGAAGUCAUUUUUCCGCAGGCUCAGUUUUACUCCUGAGGGCUCCUAUUUACUCACUCCAGCUGGCUGUGUUGAAUCAGGAGAAAAUGUAACAAACACCACAUAUGUUUUCUCCAGAAACAAUCUUAAAAGGCCCAUGGGUCACCUGCCAUGUCCUGGAAAGGCAACUCUUGCUGUUCGCUGCUGCCCAGUCUAUUUUGAGUUGAGACGAGCAUUUAAUAAAGAUGACAACAAUCAGAAAUCAGCUCCUGCUCUUUUUAAUCUCCCCUAUCGAUUGGUGUUUGCUGUUGCUUCAGAAGAUUCUGUGCUUUUUUAUGAUACUGAACAGUCUUUCCCCUUUGGUUAUGUUUCUAACAUACAUUAUCACACCCUGAGUGACAUCUCAUGGUCCAGCAAUGGAGCUUUUCUUGCUAUUUCUUCCACGGAUGGAUACUGUUCAUUUGUUACCUUUGAGAAGGAUGAACUGGGAAUACCACUGAAAGAGAAGCCACAGAUGAACCUUUGGAGUACUGGUGCAACAGAGAAAAAAGUUAAAAAGAACCAGUCACACAAAGUAAUUUCCCCAGGCUGCAGGCAGACAGAAGAGACUCCUCCCAAGAAGGCCACUGAUCCCAGUACCCCUACCCUCCAACCUAGGACACCCACAGCUACUGGUAAGGACUUGCCUUCCACACCUGCUGGCAUAAAAAAUGUUCCAGUCUCAUCCUCAGAUGAGAGGAAAAUCAGCCAGUCAGCCAGCCAGAGCACUAAAGCAAACCUGCCCAGGAGGAUUACUCUCAACACUUUACAAACAUGGAGCAAGACACCAAGGAGAAUAAGCUUGAUUCCAGUGAAGCCAGGUACACCAGCCUCUACAUAUGCAGAUACAGUUCCUAUACUUCCUUCCUCAGAAGAGGAACAUGAAGGGCCAUUACCAUCUGAUGACAGUCAUGAAAAUCCCAGAGCACCUAAACAUCCUAGAACCGAGGAAACUUCUCUUUCUACAUCUGCAGAACAAGUCAGCUGCAAUUCAAACAAAUAA